UAAACGGGUUCUGAUGCAAGAAGAACGAUGAAAUUUGGUUGCCUUUCCUUCCGACAGCCCUAUGCGGGAUUAGUUUUAAACAAGGUCAAAACAGUAGAGACCCGCUGGCGUCCUUUGCUAGCAGACUACAAGAACUGCACCAUUGCUAUUCAUAUAGCUGUUAAGGACUGGGAAGAUGAAACAUGGCGAGCAAUUCUGUUGAAUAGGUUUGGAAUGACACCAGAACAAGUGCAAGAUUUGCUGGAUAAAGGGGAAAAAUUUGGCAGAGGAGUUAUUGCAGGAUUAAUUGACAUUGGAGAGACAUCACUGUAUCCAGAAAACUUGCCUCCUGAAAAGAUCCUGGAUUUGGAAAACAAAGCUGUUCUCAGUAAUCUAGAACAGAAAUACUUGACUGUUAUCUCAAAUCCAAGAUGGCUCCUGGAACCAAUUCCUGCCAGAGGGGGAAGAGGUGUGUGGCAGGUGGACAUCCCCGAAGAACUGAUCCCUUCAGAAGCCAGGUCAGUGCAAGCAAUUAAUUCAACUGAUGCAGUCAUCCACAUCAUGCUUUACUGAGAGAUGAACUGCAACCAGAUAGAUACGGAGUUUUGCAUUGCCACAAGUUUC